UUGCGCCCGGCAUGGGGCCCUUAUGGGUCGCGGGCCUGGUGAUCGUCUCUGUGUUGAGCGGGCCAUGCCUCUGCGACACGAGCACAACCCCGAGCUCGACCAACGCUACCACCGCCGCAACCAUCUCCAAGUCCAAACCCAACGAUACUGCCAUAGAGACAUCCACCGAUAUUGACGAGUACGAACUACUUCCAGAGGCGGCAUCUCUCACCGGUGAUCAGGAAUGGAUCGACGGUCCUGAUGAUGGUUCGGAGGAUGAGAUCAUAGAAGAAGACGCUGAUGACAUCGAGACAGCAGGUUCCGAGGUUGUCUCCACAGUCGUGAAACAAGACGAAACAGGGAACGGAGAGGAGGAGCCUGGAAUGAGACGACGCCGGAAAAAGGGUCGGAAGAGGCGACGCCGAAUGCGGAAACGCCCCAGGACAACAACACCAAACUCCGCAGAAGCAGACGUUUAUCCAACACCCCCUCCAAGCGCAAGCGAGGAACCAGAAAAAGUUCCUGUUGCAGCGCAAGAUGAACAGAGCGAGACUUACCCUCGUCGGCGUCCAGGCAAGAGGCGUCGUCGACCAUGGGCCCGCCCCAGCACUGAGGCACCAAUAGACACCCCUGAAAUUCAGGACCCUCAGGUUCCUCAAGAGCAACAGCCUCCUGUGCCAGAGGAAGCAUCCGAAGAGCCACAAACACCAGCACCUAGACCUCGACGAAGGAAGCGACCAAAGAACCGCACCAAGAUUCCGAUAGAGAACAUUAACUCUCAAGAGACAACUGAGGCACCAAAGAACGAGGAUGCCAGUGGGUUGCCGGAGAAUCAUAAACAGUAUGACGGUGAGCAAGCUCCUGAGCGCUACGCCCCGGAGCAGCCGAAAGGUUCUGGUGGCGAGGCGAUUAGUUUAAUUUCAAGAGAAGAGCUGGAGAGGGAUCGGAAACAAUUCGCUGAGCAGAGUAAUCGUGAAAAAGUUCCCUAUAAUGCAGGAGACGAUUUGAAACCUGGGAAGCAGGCUGUUCAAAAGCCAGCGCCAACUAAAGCGACGGUUCAAUAUCCAUUAGAGCAGAGACCGAUCAACGUAGAGCAAAGGCCGAAAGAAAACACGUUGGAGCCAAAACCUAAAGAACAUCAUGAGCAAAGGAUAAAAGUCUAUCCUGUGGAGCAGAAACCAAAGGAUUAUCUUUCAGGAGAGCAGCAACAUAGAGAUUACAUUAGUGGUGGACAGAAGCAGAAAGAAUACGCGACUGAGCAGAAACCUAGAGAUUUCCCACCGCCUGAACAGAAACCUAAAGAAAAUACAAAUGUUGAGCAAAAGUUCAAAGAUUAUCAAAAUUUUGGUCCCACAAACCGACCAAUAUCUGGUAAGCAGCAACCCCAGCAGCAGACUCCAAAACAUCCAGAAGUAGAUAAAAUUAGAGAGCCUGGUCCAGUUUUCCAGAAUAUUCCGUUUAGACCAAUCGGAUAUGAUGGUUUCCAACAAUACCAAAAGUUUUACGGCAAUGAUCCUGGUAUUAAUGGCACUCAGCAGAAUAGACAAAAACAACAGGAACAGCUUAAAGUGCAGACUGAAAAAGCUUUGAAGCCGACCGGAUCCUCACCAUUGAAAAUUCAAGAUAAUACCGAUGAAAGGUACCAACAAAGCACCACCAAAGUACCGCCAAAAUUUGUAAAUACAAACAGCAAUUCUUUUGGAAACCAACCUCCACCAAGCAAAGUGCCAGAAAUUAGCAAUUCUGGUUACGGUCCAGGUUAUGGUCCUCCCAAACCUAAUCAUGGCUCAUUUUCACAAGGACAGAAAGAGGGAAAACCAGAUCAAGAGAGACCAAGUAGUUUCCAAUCUCACCAGAAACCACUUUUCAAUGUACAACAAGGCCCAGUGCAAAAUUCUAAACCUAAACCUAUUGGGACCAAAGAUACAGAACCUCAAAGUACAACUUACAAGCCAUCUGGUUUCCCUCACAAACUUCACAAUGAAAAUCUUUUAAGUCAUAACCGACCUGAAAAUAACCAAUACCAAAAGCCUCCGCCUGGUUACCAAGCAAAUCAAAACUUCCAUGAUAACAGUCAUAGGCCCAAAGGACCGCCACCAAACCUCAGCAGCGAAGGAUUCCACAAGAGUAUAAAACCUGAUGGUUUCAACGCUCCUCCAUUAGUGAACAGCAGGGUCCCCAGUGUCCCACAACAAAACAUACUCAAGCAAAUCGCAAGUCAAAACCACCAAUUCCCUGCUCAUGCAAGUGUAAUUGUGUCAGAUCUUGAAACGAAUUCUGCAAAACCACAAUACAAUGACCUGGAUGAUCUACACAGUAAGUUCCGACCGCAAUCAAUCGAACAAUUUAAUCAUCAGCUUGUUGAUCCUACUCUCCUUACUUCACCGGUACUUUUUGAGCCUCCAGUCCCACCAGUGUUUGAAGAUGAAGUGCAAGCAACUAAAUUACCUGUGAGUAAAGUGCAAUUGCCACCAAUCCAGUAUCCGAAGGCGAAAUUCCCUCCAGCUCCUUUCCUGCCGUCUUCACAAAAACAACUCCCUAAUACACAAUUCCAGAGACAAGCAGAACCAGCGCCUUUCCGUCUUCCGCAGAAGCCAGAACUACCAUUGACACCUAUUACUCUACCAACGCAAAGCACCCAUCAACAAUCUUUUGCUAACCAGAAAAAGGCACCACCACAGCCACCAUCUGCACCUACCCAUGAGAAAGGAAAGCAAAGCAUCCAUGUGCCUUCAUUGGAAAAUAAUGAGGAGAAACCAUUUGUCCCGACAAAUGUUCAACAAACUACAACCACCGAAUCUGAAACAGUGGGCUACGUAGAUGUGCAAACGACGAAAGCACCUGCUGCAGAUACAACCACACGAAAAACACCUUUCAACCAUUCGAAGCGUUUGCCACCUACCUCCGCUGUGAUUAGAAAGCGGGUGCGUCCACGUCCGUCUAAAAACACAACAGAAACUGUUCCGACUCAAGAAUCUGAUAAUAAAGAAAACCUAAGUGAAAAAUACAGAGGAGGCGCUAGAGGCAAAAAUACUUAUCGUCAGCACUUGACAGAAAUCAAGCCCACUCCACAGACUCCAGAUCAAUCAGAAAUAGAGCAGAGUGAGAACUAUGAAUCCGAGUCAGGCCACAAAUCUUUAUCUGCAUAUGGAAAUGAUGGAGUUUUCACAAACUACGAGGGAGAAGAAACUACCAAAGCUAAGCAGAAUAAAGCUCGAUACACAACUUCAUUCCCCGAAAGCAUUAUUGAGGAAACUACUCCCAAACCAGGUAGAUUUGGUUUACACCAUGUGUCAGCCCAACAAGAAAUUCUUAGACAAACACUCCAAAAACAAUCAAAGGAUACUGUGCGAGCAGAAGAAAGCACAGACGUGCCAUUCGUUCCAAAUAAAUUGCCUGCGGAUGAAAUAGAAUUGGACGAUUCACAUUACGAAAGUGUUCCUCAGCCUGUACUUCCAAGUUCCAAAAAGCCGCACAGCUUCACGCCCCGUAAGAGGCAACGGACGAGAGGCCCUGACACAAUUUUAGUUACGACUUCAACAACACCCAAGAUCAGUCAGCUGGAAAUAAUCACAGACCGACCAAAAUACUCUACCGCUGAUGAGUAUGAAUUCAUGGUUUCGGAUGAGGAACUCCUUAAAAUGAUGAAACCUAUGAUGGGCGAUGAUUUUACUGAUCAACAAGAUACACAGGAAUUACGUUUCAAAGCAGCUAAUAUUCAUGGGGUCAAGGAUGAAAUUCUAGACUUGAUCAAAACAGAUUCAGGUUCAGCUCGACUAUCACGGAUAUUGAGGUUGAGAAACAUGUCACUAGAUGAUUUGAUCAAACACCGAGAACGCGGAUCCAGUCAACUCCAUUUAUCGGAAAUUUUCACUCACAGACAACAUUUGGAGCCAACAAUCCAGCCUGGGCCGCCGGAAAUAUUCUCGGCGUCAAACUUUGGUAAAAACUCAGAUGACGAUGUUGCUGCACAAAUUACGCCUAUUUUUGAGUCAAAUUUCAUCAAGAGCAAGGGUGAAACAGACCAAACUAAAGCAACAGUUUCUCUGACUGAAAUAAAAACAUUUGAGGGCAGCAAUGCUAAUGACAAAGACAACAACCGCGAGCCAAAAGUCUUUGAGAGUAUGCCAUCAUUUACUCUUCGAACGGAUAUUUUGGAACAAAUAAAUGAGAAGAAAGAAAACCCACCAAAAACUGACUCCAGCUGGAGGUUCUUCGGCCAAGUCAAUAAACCUCAGAGGCCAUACGAAGAUGUUGUUAUAUCGUAUACAAGUACAAAUCGUUACCCGUACAGAAAACCAUCUGUUGAGGAGAUUGACGACAUCAUACUACUGUCAGAUACAGAGCAAUACGAUGCACCAAGGAGUAAUGUCAUUCAUGCCAAAGUCCUUGCUGAUAGUGGUGGAGAGCGGCGUGACCAAGAAUUUUUCAAUGAAACUAAAAAACUCUCAACAGGAGUCAAAUCUGCAAUACUUGUCAGUGGUGCCAUAAUUGGAAUAGCAGUUCUUGGUUUCUUUGCUUUAAUGAUCUCAUGCAGGAUAAAACAGAAAAAAGCUCGAUUGAGAGCACAACGUGAUAUCUUAUGUGAUCAUUUCCACGAGGAAUUGCGAAGUAGCGCAAGAAGUACUAGUCCAGUCAUGCCUCCAGGAAUGGAGGAAAACACAUGUGAACAUGGUGUCCGGUCUACAGCCAUACCGACACGACACUAUAACAACAGACAUUAUUAUUUAUGGCGAACACUUAGAAAAACUUUUCAGUAUGAGUAAAAUGCAGUUCAAGUUAUGAAAUAAAAAAGACGAAUCAAAGACUGUCACUAAAUGAAUCUCCUUUCAUAAUACUAGCUGCAGAGUAAAUGAUCAUAGGACCAAUAGGUCUCAUGAUAGAAGAAUUUAUGUCUAGCUUCAAAUUUUUUCUAUGCCAAUAUGACAGCUGGUUCGGAGAGUUUCAAAACUGAAAACAUUUUUAACCUAUUCAGAAUUUGUCAAAUAUGUUCAAACUGGUAGAAUGUCUCUGAAAAAUUUACUCAGCUCAGAAAAACAUCCAAAGAAUCCAGUCUAGAUUGAUUAUUAAAUUUUUCUGAGUUGCUGUUAUUUCUUUCAUUUUCAUUCUGGCUUGAGGCCUCUAAUUCAUUGAUUUAAGUUCCAAAUUUUAAUUUUAGAGACCUGAUGUAAAUACACUUAUUAUAGACUGAAAUACGAAAAUGAUACGUAAGCGAUUUUGAACCAAGAAGUUCAAAAUCUGGCCACUGCGAAUCUCAUGCCAGUGUGACCUCUUCUCGAGGCUUUUGUAAUUAUGUACAUAGAAAGAACCAAAAUCAUAAUUUUUUUUUCUUCCCUAUUAUGAACCGCAGAUUGAAAAUGAUUGAAAGAAAACUUCUUCAAACUACAGCAGAAGAACAUUCUUUCUUGAUUUGUAAAUAAAACUGUAAUUAUUUUCCCUAUAAAAAUGUGAGCAAGCAGCCAAUUUAUGAUUCAACAAAACAAAUUAAAAAUGAAUUUCAGAGUGAUUGAUCAAAUUACAAGAAAAACCAGAAUUGUCUCAAUAUUAUUGAUCUAGUCAAGCUUAGCACGUCCAAAAUAUCUUGGGAAAGAGAGAGAAAUUUCCAAAGAUUGAGACAAAGAAUAUGAAAGUUCAACCAAUGGGUGCAAAAAAAACCUUAUCUACUAAGGAUUCUUUGAAAAUAUAUUUGCUCGCACACUUGCUUUAUGAUUGAUCCGGGGAAAUGUGACAUUUUGGCCCUAUAACUUAUCAAGUUUUUUAGAUAAAAUUCAAGCAAAUAAGAUGCAAAAAUCAUUUCACAAUCGUAAUACAACCCAGGUCCUCAAAAAGACUUGCUUUUUCCUUUAAAAAUUGAUAAACAGUUACUCUUUUAAUUUAGAGAGUCUAAAUUAUCCUCCAAUCCACUAUAAAAUGCAAAAAAUUAAUUGAUGAAAUUCAAAUACUUAAUUUGUACGUAGCUUGUGAAGAAUGAAAUACCCGUCAAACCCAUGAAACUGUACAAAAAUACUUUAGCAUAAAAAGAUUAUUUAUUUUUUACAGAAAAAUUGUGUACGGUGCAAUAUUAGUUUAAGGAAAUUUAAUUAUAGUGAUAAAACGAAAA